AUGUCUAAUGUCAACCAAGACCAAAGUCUGAAAUCAACGACUACAACGAAAGACACUCAGACUAAGAAUGCUCCUGUGGCAAAGACUUCGGCACAUUUAUUAGCUGGAGGAGCUGCUGGUCUCAUUCUGGCCAUUUCACUUCAACCAUUUGAUUUAUUAAAGACAAGACUUCAACAACAGCAACGAUCCAAUGUGGAUUAUAGAACAACGAUCCGGAAAGAACUUAUGAAAUUAACCAAGGUUAAAGAUCUCUGGAGGGGUGCUUUACCUUCCGCUUUACGAACUUCGGUAGGUGCCGGGCUCUAUUUCACAUCACUUUCAGCAUGUAGAACAUAUUUGUCCAAUAUGAAGAAAACGACACAAGUUUCCGAUACUAGUGCAUUACCUCAAUUAUCACCUUUUGAAAAUUUAAUGACUGGGUUUAGUAUGAGAGCCUUGGUUGGGCUUAUUACCAUGCCUAUCACAGUGGUUAAGACUAGAUUUGAAUCAAACAUGUACAACUACAAUUCCAUGUAUGAAGGUGUUGAGGGAAUUUAUCUUGAUGGACAAGCUAAAGGAUCCAUCAGCAAUUUCUUUAGAGGCUCAUUGGUAACUUUAGCCAGAGAUUGUCCUUAUGCUGGAUUAUAUAUAUUAUUUUAUGAAUCAUUUAAAAAUGAUUUAUUCCCGAAGAUUGUCUCUCUGGAAUUUUUGCAUGAUGACUCUUGGAUCUCCAGAUCUGCACUCAUCAAUACAAGCGCAGCCGUUUUGGCUGCUUCUGUUUCCACUACAAUUACAGCUCCAUUUGAUGCCAUUAAGACAAGAUUACAACUUUCUCCCACGCAUAUGAGCAUCGUACUGGCAACAAAGAGUAUUAUACUUGAAAAGGGAGGAGUGAGCAAUCUUUUCCGUGGUCUUUCUUUAAGAUUUGGACGUAAGGGACUCUCUGCUGGAAUCAGUUGGUGUAUCUACGAAGAAUUAAUUAAGGCUGCAACCAUACAAAAUUUGUUGAACAAAACAUCAUCUACAUUAAAAUAG